AGGUCGACUGACCAUUCGCCGCACCAGACACGGCAGUCCGAGUUCGAGUCAACCUCCCCAUUCUCCGGUUUCGCCCGGUUGUGCCGCCAGUACCGCAUGGGUGCCGCGCUGUAUAUAAACCCUGAUAGUCCAGGCAUUCGAUAGCAGACAUUCAACGGACCAGAUUGUGCUCAGCAUCGAACGCUGGUAUGUCGGCAGAGUCUCCGAAUCCGCUCGAGGGCGUGCAGGCCUUUGUAUUCGACGUGUUCGGCACGGUCGUCAACUUGCGCAAGGGCAUGUACGAUCAGCUCGAGGCAAAGCUCGGUGCCGUCGCACCUGACCAAGACUGGGACGAGUUCGCGGAGCAAUGGAGGGACGGGGACUACCAGAGGACUGCCUCCGUCGCAUCUGGCGGCCCAGGCCCCCUCAACCUCGAUCAGCUUCACAAAGAGAUCCUCGACGAUAUGCUCGCGACCGACCGCUGGUCGCAUCUCGCGCCGCACCUCGACGACACCGCGCGACACGAGCUCGUGCUCUUCUGGAACCGCCUACCGGGGUGGCCGGACACGUCCGCGGGGCUGCACGGCAUGAAGAAACACGCCAUCAUCGGGACGCUCUCGAACGGGAGCGUGCGGGGUCUGGUCGACAUGGCGAAAUUCGCUGACCUCCCAUGGGACGUCGUCCUCUCCCCCGAGCUCCUCGGCUCCUACAAGCCCAACCCCAAGAUGUACCUCGGCGCGCUGCACCACCUCGCGAUCACGUCGCCCUCGCAGCUCUGCUUGGUCGCCGCGCACAUCUACGACCUCCGCGCGGCGGCGUCGCACGGGCUGCGCACCGUCUUCGUGCGCCGUCCGCGCGAGCCAGAUUCCCCGCCUGACGUGCGCACGAAGAGAGAGGGAGGCGAGGUUGAUCUGGUGGUGGACAGCUUUGAGGAGAUCGUGAAGGUUUUGGAGGCGAGAGCCGAGGAGAGGCAGGUAUGGCAGCAAUGACUCUGAGUGGGGGACACAGACAGAGUAAGUGUCUUCGGAAAGCAGAGCCUAUGCGCGAUGUCAUGUAUGUAUGAGUAGGACAACGGAUGUUAUUUCAGAGUUGCGACU